UGACACAGUUUGUAAUGCAUUUAUGGAGAGAUCCAAAUUCCAAAUUACAUACAAACGCUACAAGACUAUUCAAAGCAAUCAAUCGCGCAAAGGAGAUGGAUUACUCCGACAAACCGGGCAGGAACUAUGCAACUUGAGCCACGCAUCAAUACAUUCAGUAUGGAAGCAAUGUUCACAUUCAGGUAAACACCUAACAGUUUCUUUGGUUGCAUAUUCCGACAAACAAAUGGGACAAACAACAUCAUUUGACCCGGUCGGGAGUCUCCUACUCUCCCCUAGCUCAACUUUCUUGUAUGACUCAAUUGUAGACUCAUCGAGACCUAUCCUUGCGACUUCGUUGCUUGGCUGCGACGUUACGGAUCCAGAAAGGCGUGCAACCACUGCUUGUUGUAUCUGUGAAGAGACUCUCUCGGAACUGCACAUGACAAGACCGACACAAAAAGUCAAGGCGGUGAGUGGUCCGACUAGGGAGAGGCACAUUAUCUUUAGUACUUGUAAGCCUGUGUUGUGAAGUCCUGUUUUCAAAACAACAAAACGGGUCAACGGUGAAACUUGUAUGUACAAGUAUUCAUAUAUUCUAAUGUUACGACAUUCUCUCAUGUUUGCUAUUUGAAAAUAUAUUGAUUUACUAAUC